GGUUCUGUGGCCUUGCACGACAUGGAUUGCAAUGAUGGCGAUAUCAAUUUCAGACUUUUCGCAAGUGAAUAUAUAAAGACUGCGCAUCUCCCUCCAUAGUGAGCCACCACGCAACUUCCAAUUCCAAUAUACACGCCGUCAUCAUGGUCGCAUUCUCCUCGGUUUUGCUCGCCCUUGGCGGCGCUGCUUCUGUGCUCGCCACUCCCAUCACCAUGAAGAACUCCCCCCUGAACCUCAUCACCCGGGGCACCUCGGGCGUCCAGACCUCCCCAGGCACUGGCACUAACAAUGGCUUCUUCUACUCCUUCUGGACGGAUGGCCAGGGUUCCGUGAACUACAACAAUGGCGCUGGUGGCAGCUACACCGUCUCGUGGAGCAAUGUCGGCAACUUCGUCGCCGGCAAGGGCUGGAACCCCGGAUCCGGCAGGAAUGUCACCUACAGCGGCACCUGGAACGGCGCCAGCGUCAACUCGUACCUUUCGCUCUACGGCUGGACGAAGAGCCCCCUCAUCGAGUACUACAUCGUCGAAUCGUUCGGCAGCUACAACCCUUCGUCUGGUGCUCAGAAGAAGGGCACCCUCGCCGUUGACGGCGGCACCUACGACAUCUACCAGACCCAGCGUGUCAACCAGCCCUCAAUUGAGGGAACCUCGACCUUCUACCAGUUCUGGUCCGUCAGGCAGCAGAAGCGUGUUGGUGGGUCGAUCAACACGCAGGCUCACUUCGAUGCUUGGACCAAGGCUGGCCAGAAGCUCGGCUCGCACAACUACCAGAUUUUGGCUACGGAGGGAUACCAAAGCAGUGGGUCUGCCUCCAUCACUGUCCAGGGUCCUUGAAGAGGCUUUGUAACUUCGCUGUCUAGCGGAGACAUUGCGUGAAAGGAAGUUCUUGUGUCAAUAACAUACUCCAAAAAAAAUGUAAAUAUCUUUGGCCAGGCAUAACUGUGAUUCAUCAAA